AUGGCGGAGCUGUACGUGAAGCCGGGCAACAAGGAGCGCGGCUGGAACGACCCGCCGCAGUUUUCUUACGGGCUGCAGACCCAGGCUGUGGGGUCCAAGCGCACGCCGCUCACUAAAAGGGUCGCCGCUUCCCAGGAUGGAUCCCCCAGAGUCCCUGCCUCAGAGACUACUCCUGGGCCCCCUGCAACGGGACUUCCACCUCCUUCAAAUAAGGCUCCCAGGCCCCCACCUAAAGGAAGUUGUUCUACCUAUAGUGUGGAGCCUACAAGCUCCCCAGUCAUUGAGUCUGAGACUCUGCUAGAGGAUGUGCUGAGACCUUUGGAACAGGCAUUGGAAGACUGCCGUGGGAAAGUGAGGAAACAGGUAUGUGAUGACAUCAGCCGACGCCUGGCACUGCUGCAGGAACAGUGGGCUGGAGGGAAGCUGUCAAUGCCUGUAAAGAAGAGGAUGGCUCUACUGGUGCAAGAGCUUUUAAGUCACCAGUGGGAUGCAGCAGACGACAUCCACCGCUCACUCAUGGUCGACCAUGUGACUGAGGUCAGUCAGUGGAUGGUGGGAAUUAAGAGAUUAAUUGCAGAAAAGAAGACUUUGUCUUCAGAGGAGGAAGCCACUGAAGAGAAAUCUGCAGCUACAACUGAAGAAAGCCAGACUGUACCAGGCUUCCUUGGGGCUCUAUAA